CUCGGGGGGAGAGAGAGAGAGAGAGAGAGAGAGGUGAGGAGAGGAGAGGAGAGGAGAAAGAAGCGAGGGGCGCUGAAAGCCACAGUUUGCUUAGGGUUUCUCUCCCCCUGCCGAGGCAGACAAGUACACCACCACACGCGCCCCCCACGAAAUUCACAAACCCACCGGAGGCACAGAAAUUCCCGUGGGAGGAAAAAUCCCGUCCGAAAUCCGGCGCUCCAAAUCCCUCCGACCCCGAAGCGCUCCCCCGAGCCCGUCCCGAAUCACGCAAAUCCCUGCUCAAAUUCCCCAAUCCUCCGUGGGCCGCCGCCGCCGCCGCCUCCCUGCGACCGACCCGCCUUCCCGUCGCAGCCGCAGCCGCGGAUUUCCACCCGAGGUGUUUCGUCUCUCUCCCUCUCUGCUACUGCCGCCACGAAUUGUCGCGACCGGCCCGUCAUCGGGGACCUUCUCGGGCCCGCGAGGCCAGGGGCUCCCUUCCGCGGAAAUCCCCUCUCGUCGAGAGGAGGCACCCCCUCUUUCUCGCCGCCCCCGCGCUCUGCUGGUACUUGAGUGGCGUGGGGGGUGGAGAUCCACCCGGGCGUGGAUCGAUUCCUCUCGAUUCGGUGGUUUUCAUCAUCCAGUGCGGAAGAUCAAUCCACAAAGGUGCACGAGCAGUUUGUUUCCCCAAGAAUUCGGGGGGUUCAACUGAACCCCCAUGCCCGACGUUAAGUCCGCCCCUGGUGGUGGUGGACUGGAUUGGCGGACACUGCUGAUUUCGUCACGGGCAUGGAGCGAGCUGAGCCCUCGUUGAAGCCGGAAUGGCUGCUGCGGCCUGCUGCGGUAGCUGUCACUGCCCUCCGGCCUGCAACUUCGCCCCGCGCUGAUGAUCAAGGCAGGGGUGCUUCAUCAAGAAACCGUUCAUCAGGGCGUGAUCGUGAUCGGAGCUCUCAACAGUCCUCCUCCCGGAGGAGUUCAGGCUCUGGUGGGUCAAGGCGGAAUGAUCGGGAUGGUACAGGGAAAUCAAGAGGCUAUUCUAGUUUUGGAAGGCACAACAGGGAAAGGGUGCAGGAAAAGGACCCGGACUUUCGUGACCGGGAUAGUAAGUUGGUUCAGCCAGAGGACCCUUUACGUGAUGGUUUCGAGUCGUUUAGCUCAUGCAGGUCUGAAAAGGACAGGCUUAACCGUACUCGUUCAAAGGUGUCCGUGUCAAACCGGGCAGUAGGAGUAAGUUUAGACAAUGGUAAUAUAUCUAAAAAGGAUACUGGUGGCAUCUCCUUUGAGCGAGAAUUCCCACACCUUGGUUCUGAGGACAAAAAUGGAAAACAAGACAUAGGUAGAGUUCCAUCUCCUGGAAUUAGCACCCCAAUUCAGAACAUACCAUUGAUCACUGCGUCUGAAGGCUGGAACUCUGUGCUAGCAGAAGUACCGACACUUAGCGAUCCAAGCAUUAACUCCAUUUCCUCUUCUUUAUCACCUGCUGGUUCAAGUAAGCAGACUGAAGUGUCCAAUUCUGGCAGUGUGCUGAGCAUGGCUGAAACAGUGAUGCAGUCACCGUUAAAGAUUUCCACCACACCCCAGCUAUCAAUUGAUGCUCAGAAAAUUGAAGAAAGGACUUUGAGGCAGUGCAUUUUGAGGCCUCUUACACCAUCAACAAAUAAAAUUUCUAAUACUGUACAUGCUUCAAAUUCCUUGGAUAAAUUAAAAUCCAAAGGUUCAAGAGCUGGAGAGUCUAAUGGUCCUAUCAAGGUUGCUCCACAACUGUCGCUACAGCCAUCUAGCUGCUCUAUUCGCACUCCAGUCAAAACUGAGCUCGUAAAGCCAUCUCAAUCAGGCAGCUUUCAAGUCCUUAGCCGUGAACAGAAUGGUACUGUAAAUACUGCUGCCAAAGACAGCACCAGCAAUCCUGUGAGCCCUGUUCUAGGUCGAUCUUCUUCAAUGGAACCUAUGCGAAAGUCUGUUGUCAACCCUAAGCCUAAGGUUGGCACUAACGGACGUUCUUUGCAUCCGCUGCAAGUGCAAGUGCAAGGUUCAUUUGGUGACAGAAAAACAAGUGCAAAAGACAAGCUCAAAUUUUUUGAGUUUUUGCGGAGCAAGUCUGUAAAUGGUUCAAGCACUGCUAUCGAGUCCUCACCUAGCCUGAUUGAUGACCAGCAGAACUCUUGUCUUGAUUUGUCCUUCAAGUUUAUUGAAAAUGGAAGCAGUUCAUGUGAAGAAGCAAAUUCUUGCGAGGGAUCUCAGCAACACUUGUCUGACAACGAGGAAAUCAUUCCGACUUCAGAAUCUCAUGAUGUUUUAGACGAGGGAUCUCUGGGGAUUGAAGUUGAUGACAGGGAUGCCAACUCUUCACCAGUACUUGCUGACACAGAAGAUGUAGCUUCUAAGAAGCCCCAGGCAGACAAAGCUGAAGAUGUUCUGCCCGUCAAACCUGCAUAUAUAAAUGAUAGUUCCAUGAUUUCAAACUCUGUUGACAGUGAAGCCAAUUUGCUGCUGGAGGAAGCCCAUCCUGCUCAUGAGUACGAACACAUUGGAGCAGGGGAGGAGAAACCCUGUCCUGCUCAAGAGUUUGAGCCCAUUGGAGCCGGUGGGGAGGAAGAGUUGAACCUCCUGAGAUCUAUGGGCUGGGAUGAGAACGAAGUAGUUCAACCUCUUCAGCAGGAGGAGAUUGCUGAUUGUCUAAGGCAGAACGUGAGGCUGCAGCAGAAGCUUCAGGAGUGCAGGGGCUGAUCUCUGAAUCUGUGGAGCAACGUAACUGUGUGGUCACCAUGCUGAGGACAUGUGGACUUGGAGCCAUGGCCUGACGAGUUUUGGUAACUACCUCGGUCAACCGAUCAGGGAAUGAUUGUCUAGCUUAGCAAAUGGAGAGUUUUGUUUUUGUCAAUGCUUGUUCAGCAUUGUGGGGGGAGGUUUCAUGAGUAGAGCUGUUAAUUCCCCCCGCUUAAAAGAGGUUUUAGGGUUUUUCUUCCUCAUUUUCCCAGAAGGAAUACACCAAAUGGAAGUCUUGUCUGGUGUUGGGGGCACAUAGGUGUGCGUUGCUCUGAAAGAAGAAUAGGUUGUCUUUCUUUUUUACUUUUCAUCGCUUAUCUUUUUUUCAGAAAAAAAGAAGGGAAAAAAGAAUGGUCGAGCUUAACAUGAAAAAGGUGCACAGGAAUUAUCUUGGUCUUGAAUUUU